AGAAGACGAAAAAGAGAGAACAUAUCAAAGACGGGGGGGGACUUGCAGAUUUCGUGUGGAACAAACCCUUCCUCUCUCUCUCUCUCUCUCUCGACUGGAUUGAAUGAGAAACCCUCCUCCUCCUCCCUCUCUGCUCUCCCUCACCGUCAACGCCGCCUUGUUAAACAUCUCACGCAUCAACGAUCUAUCGCAUCUUCCUGAUCACAUCGUCCUUGAGCUCUUCGAGAGGACACUGGAAGCUGGGAAGUUGAAUGAGAGAGUUCUGAGAGUCUUUAUGGCAACUGGAAACGAAGAUGUUCUUGCUACCAUCGCUGCUCUGAAGAUUAAAAUCGACCUUACUCCCAUUGUUCCUACUCGAUGUGAUGAGAAAUUUAGAAUGAACUGGAGUAGACGCUAGUUGAUUGAUGAUGGCGAUGAGCGUUGUUUGGAAGCUUGAUCCCAUGUGUUGAAAGGUCGGUUCCAAAUUGUAUUUUUCGGAUUUAUUUAGUGGGAAACAACAGUGUAGACAACUGAAGAUACAUUGACAGAUUGAAAGUCUGUUUCUUCUUUUUCUUAUGAUUGUGUGUAAAUAUUUUAAUGGAAGGGGUCAAAUUUAUAUAAGUUCUCUGUUUUCUUCUUCGCU